CGGCAGCGGCCCCGAGCGCCACCUCAGCGUCAGCCCCUGCGAGCCUCGCGGCCAGCCACUCCUGCACGACGCGCGCCACGUCAUCCCACAGCCCGCCCCAGAAGUGGUCCGCGCCGGAGACCAGUUUCACGUCGAGGGGGCCGGCGCCAGGGGUGGCGUCGUGGCGCGCGACGGCGUCCCGCAGCUGCCCAGCUGA